AUAAGUUUGCGGGACGAAUCCAAAAGUUACUUAAAUGUUUCGUGUUUCAUACAUUAUUUUGGGUGUUGUAUAGUAAUUUAAUUUCAUGAAAGGACUGUUGCAUUCUUUUUAAUGUUUUCUUAAGCCGUGUCUUAUUUAAUGAGUUCUUUCAUGAUGCAAUUUUCUUUUUUCAGUUUUGCGUAGUGUUGAAAAUUUUUUUUGUUUUGCCUAUCUCUAAAGGGUUUGUCGUAGUCGCGUCUGGCAGAUCUGUUGAAGCUGAUGGUGCAAAUGCUAAUUUUCCCGUAAGGGGGAGGAGGUUUCUUCGGCCUUUCGCGCACCAUUUGCUGGUAGUGUCGUCGUGACGUCACACAGGACAGCGGUUCAGGUUCAGGCCGUGUUCGAAGAAUGCACAUACUACUUUACGUAAACUUCACUUGCCCUUGAGGAAUCCGGACACGUUCAGUGUUUGGCCUCUUCGCGUGGUAUUAGCCAGCCGAACAGAUACUAGUUUACAUUAUAUUUUUUUAACCCAUAACUUUUAUUGAAAGAAGCACUGCCGGGAUGUAGCUGACCAGUGGACGGGAGGACGGGACUGCGCAGCGCCAUGUCGGCCGUGCCCGGGGAGCUGUUCGACAAGCGUCGCCUGCAGCAGGCGGGCGGCGACUGCGACUACGAGAGCAGCGACAUGGUGCGCCUGGUGGACGCCGGCUGGUGCCCGGACUACGGCGCGGGCGAGGUGGUGAUGGUGAGCGUGGACCGUGGUGCCUCGCCGGUCCAGCUUCAGGACGUGAACGGUGCGCUCGUGCCUGUGGACACGCCCGACGCCAAGAGGAGCGAAGACUGUCUCGAUGACUAUCUGCUUCACGAGGAUAUCAUGCAGUCAAACAAUGCCGUCUGCACCAGAACUAACAAAGCCUACCACUGCUCUAAGUGCAAGCAGUCGUUUGACAUGAAACGCUGCUUCCUGAAGCACUUGCAGCUCCACUUCAGGAGCAAGGAUUUCGAGUGUGCGGAGUGCGGCGAACGCUUCUACCAGCGCCACUGCCUCGAGCUGCAUCGCGUCACGCACCUGGACGUCAGGAAGAACAGGACCGUCCCGUCGAGCAAGCAACUCCUGUUCGAGUGCAAGCUGUGCCGCACUCGUUUCUCGUCCGUCUGCCGGUUGAAGAACCACAUAAAACUGUUGCACAGGCACGCAAACGCAACCGCGAACACACGGCAGAAGCCUCCGUCCGUGCAGGCCGCCACGAUGCGGCCGGAAGCCGCCUACCACAUAUGUUAUCACUGCCAGAGUACUUUCGGCGACAAGAGAUCUUUUUCCGAGCAUAUCAGGGAGCAUUCUUUGAACUUUGAGUGCGUGGCGUGUCCCGAGAGCUUCGAUUCCAAAGAAGAGCUCAAGACGCACAGCUGGACCCACUUCAGUUUCUACUCGUGCAGCGCGUGCCACUCGGUGUUCAAGAGCCCGGGGGAGCUGGCUCGGCACGGGCCGUGCCGGACGUCGAGCGCAGAGGAGACGCGGCUGUCAUGCGACGUGUGCGGCGCGGUGUUCGCGAAGCAGCAGCUGCUGCAGCGACACCUGCAGAGGCGGCACGCCAAGCAGUUCCGCUGCGGGCACUGCGGCGCGGGCCACCACUCGCAGUCGGCGCUGCGCGCCCACGAGCAGUCCCACGGCCUGGACCGGCGCGUGUACCGGUGCAGCGACUGCCCCGCCUCGUCCCGCUCGCUGGCCGAGUUGCGCGCCCACCAGCUGACCCACGCCGCGGACGCCGGCCGCUGCAGCCUGUGCAAGGAGGCCUUCGCCUCGGAGCAGCAGCGGCGCCAGCACAAGCACCUGUUCCUGGGCAACGUCAAGUGCGACCUGUGCCAGAUCCAGUGCAGCGGCUCGCACGGCCUCAACAUGCACCGGCGCCUCGCGCACCCCGGGGCUCGGGCCUGCAGCCCCCGCGCGCCCGCCGGCGGCGAGCACGUCGUGGUGUGCGUCGGCGACGUCGUGGAGUGACUGUCGCCGUGCUUCACUCCUGUGUGACGCACCCCUGGCACCUGGUGCACCCUGAGGCCGGAGUCACGCUCCCACGAGCAGCGAGCACAUCAUGGUGUGUGUGUGACGUGUCACAGUGCUCUGCUCCAGUGUGACAUGCACCAUCGUCCCGCGCUCCCACGAGGAGCCAUGCUUGACGUCGUUGAGUGACUUCGGGCACCGCACCUCACUCCCGUCAGAUAUCUUGCAGUUACACUUUCAUAAUGGUUCUGAAUAAAACAAGUCUGUUUUAUUAUGUA